AUGAUGAAGAUUAGUCAAACAUGUCGGAAUUUAUCACUCUAUGCUCCCUGUUCAACUAAUCCUGAUUGUGGUUGUCUUCCUUUUUCAUCAUCCGAUGACAAAAGUGGAAUUUGUGCUUUUCUUCAUUUAAAUGUUUCAAAAUUAAGAACAUGUAAUGAAAUUAGUUAUUAUUGUGAUCACCCAUAUACUGUUUGUGUUCAUCAUCCAAGUUUAUCAUCAGAUCAAUCAUUGUGUUAUCCAACAGGUAUGGCUACACUCGAUCUUUGUCCACCAUUAUAUCCAACUUCAACUUCAACUUCAUUACCAUCAGUAACAGUUGAAGAGAUUUGUGUUAAUGUAAGUUGGGCAAAAAAUGGUAUAACGGUUGCUGGAAGUAAUUUUACUGGUACUGGAUUACAUCAACUUCGAAAUCCAGGUCCGAUUAUAUUGGAUUUGAGAACGAAUACUCUUUAUAUUGCUGAUAAUGGAAAUGCUCGUAUUGUAACAUGGCAACCAGAUGCUCAACAUGGAGCUAUUGUAGCUGGAGAUAAUGGAGAAGGAAAUCGAACUGAUCAAAUUGGUUGGGUAUCAGAUAUGUUGAUGGAUCCAAAAGAUGGAAGUUUGAUCAUAUGUGAUGCAAGAAAUCGACGAAUUGUUCGAUGGUCACAACGUGCUCAAGAAGGAAAAAUACUUAUUGAUAAGCUCUAUUGUACUGGUUUAGCAUUGGAUGAUCAAGGUUUAUUAUAUAUUAGUGAACAUGACAAUCAUCGAGUUACUCGAUGGAUAUUAGGCGACAAUAUAACAAAUGAUCAAGUAGUGGCAGGUGGGAAUGGUAAAGGUAAUCGACUUGAUCAACUAUAUGAACCUGCAGAUGUUUUUGUUGAUCACAAUCGAACUGUUUAUGUGGCGGAUUAUUAUAAUGACCGAAUUGUCAAAUGGAUAGAAGGUGCGAAAGAAGGAAUCGUUUUGGGUAAAUUACGAUGGCCUAAAACAAUUUAUGUCGAUCAAUUGGGUCAUUUAUAUUCAAUCGAUGGAUAUUAUAACAGAAUCGUACGUUGGACAUCAGAUAAUGUAAAUGGUACAAUUAUCAUAGGUGAACAACAAUAUACUCUUAGUCAACCAGCUAAUUUAGCAUUUGAUCGAAAUGGAAAUGUGUAUGCUUCGAAUCAGCGUACUGGUCGGGUUGAAAAAUUUAAUAUUGAUAGAAGUGCAUGUCUUUGA